AUGGAGGAACUUCAGAGAAAGUUAGACCAAAGAUAUGAAGAAAGACCAAGGAAGGUUAGAUUUAAAAUAUCUUCUGCGUACAGUGGUCGGGUUCUGAAACAGGUCUUUGAAGAUGGCCAUGAGCUGGAGUUACCUGAGGAGGAAUAUCCACAUAGUUUUCUACAUGACACUUUUGAGGCAUCAGAACAUUACUACAGCGAAGGAGAAGUCCAUCCUCGGUUCUAUCCCACCACUCGUCUUACGGCACAGAGGAUCAGUGUUUUCAGAGAUGGCACGUCUUACAGAUUAGCUAGUGACCCAUUAUUCUCAGAAUGCCAUGGGUUUGACAAAAAAACAUCUAACGUGAUCGAUUUUGGCAAGAUAAUAAUUUACACUAAUAAUUUAAAGAUUAUCCGAACUCCAGUAAGCAGAAUAGGAGAUAUCUCUGAAAAUCAAAGAUGCUAUCAGAAAGAAGAAAAGCAAACGAUCAAAAGAAAUAUAUUGUUGACACCAGAGGAGAGAUAUGAAAAUCCUCAAACUCCUAGGGAAGAUAUAAAGGAAGGCGAGAUCCACCAGUGCUUGCAGUGCAAAGGGUCAGGAUGUGCCCCAUGCUCUUUGUGUCAUGGGAGCAAGUUUUCAAUGCUUGCAAACAGGUUCAAAGAGUCUUACCGUGCUCUUCGGUGUCCUGCGUGUGACGAAAAAGGUCUGCAGCCAUGUCAGACUUGUGCCCAUUAGAGUUGAGUUCCUAUCAUAAAGGACCA